AUGGACAACCAUGGUGAUAUGUGCUACUACAGCGGCGUCGGCAUGGGCGCCGCGGCCGACCCCUCCUGCUCCUCCACCUCCUACUCGUCCUUGGACUCAUUUCCAUCCGACUUGAGCAGCGGCGAGACGAUUGAGGAGGAAAGGAGGCGGCCCAAGAAGCCAGCAGCCUACAUCGGCGUGCGCGCGCGGCCGUGGGGACGGUUUGCGGCAGAGAUCCGGGACUCCACGCGGGGCGGCGCGCGGGUGUGGUUAGGCACGUUCGCCACGGCCGAGGCCGCCGCCAUGGCCUACGACCAGGCGGCGCUCUCCUCGCGGGGCGCGGCCACGGCGCUCAACUUCCCCGUGGAGCGCGUCAAGGAGUCACUCUACGCCCUCGGCGCCACGGCCACAGGCAUGGGUGGAUCACCCGUUUUGGCGCUCAAACGCCGCCACUCCAAGAGAAAGAGGCGCAGCAAGGCCGAGAUAGCCAACGACGCGGCGACAUGCACGAGGAGGAGGAGCAAAACGAUGGCCACGCAGGAGCGGUUCAUCGUGGAGCUGGAGGACCUCGGCGUCGACUACCUGGAUGAGCUUCUGAGGAUCACGUGUAACACUACUUAGUUACUAGUCCCUCCGUCCCGAGGUAGCAGUACGUACUGAGUACGUCGGUUGUAGGUUUGCAGCUAGCUUU